UCUAUCUUUCCCCGUGGGUUGUUGACCCUACUACUCACUGAGUUACUGGAUAUGAUACAGUAACCUCUAUUUAUCCAACAAUCCCGCCGUUGUUUCUGGAGACUCCAUUCGCUAGAGUCUCCUGGAGGCCGCCAUCACCUGUGUUCUUGGCCAUCGGAGCUGAAUGGUCCUGCAUUCAACGCGGUCCAUACCUUUACAUUCUCUCAUCUACCACGGAACUAGACCACUGAAGGGACAUGUUCGGUUUCUCGUCCAAACGUCCAAGGGGCCAUGAAGAGCUUGCCGAUUUUGCAAGUAGCGCCAUCCACGAGAGAAAGAAACACCGUUCUUUAGCUCUCCGCACAUCCCCACACUGCUCUCAGAAACUCACCUCUACCGAAGCGAACCAAGCUAUUGCGGAGUUCGGUUUAUCUACGUUGACGCCGGUGGAAUCCUCAGAUGAUGACGAUGGGAGUGUCAGACAGAGAAAGCACGUGCGCGCCGGCUUGACUCAUAGUAAGGGGGAGCUGCCUCACCAGGUAGCCCAUUGUCAUGCUUCCAAUACAGCAAUGGAUAUAGACCACGACAGAGACAUGCUGCCGCCGACCGGUGAUUGCACCCAGUACCCAUGGCCAACCAGUGCACGCGGCAAUGAGGAUAUUCAACCGUCCCCCAUCCCUCACAGUCUCGUUAACCAGUAUCUGACCAUCAGUGAGCGACAUGCUGCAACUUCCGCGUAUGGGUAUUUCCCCCCAAUGACGAGCGAUCAUGAUUCUACGCCGUCUACACGCCACCCGACUUCUCAGAGCGCAACUCCAUCUUGCUUUGAUAUUCCGCGCCCCCCCAGCCCAGUCAGUGACAGUGAAGAUGCGAUGGCAAGCAUCAAAGACACUGCGAGUGACGUGGAUAUGGCCUACAACCCGUCUCGCCCUGCCUCAUUCUCUCCCUCCAUAUGGAUAGGGACGGAGCGGAGCUCGCCCAACAUGCAGGAGGCCAUACCGUCAAUUGACAGUGCGAGAGACUCGCUAUCGGAAUGCAAGUCAAAGAAUGCGUCAAGCAAGAAGAAAAUCACUAUCUCCAUGGGCUUUCGAGCCGACUGUGAAAAGUGCCGGUGCAAGGUGCCAGGCCACUACAGCCAUAUCAUCCGCACCUAAUAUGGCUCUACGGUUCCCCGCAACUGUCAUGAUCAAUAUCCCCUGUACAUUAUUCCGUUUGUUGAU